CACACAGACAGACAGACAGACAGACAGGUACUUAGCUUAGCUUAGUUAGGUGUCGUUGGCUGGUGUGUGUUGCAGGAUGUGUGACGCAGCACAGAAGGACCUGUACGCUGUGCUGGGAGCGAGCUCUGCUGACUCAGCCCAGCAGCUCAGACAGAGAUACCAGCAGCUGGCUCUACAGUACCACCCGGACCGUCUUGGAGGUGAGGCAUCUUCAGAAGUGGAGUCAGCUGUGAAGAAGUUUCUAGAAGUGGAUGCAGCCUGGAGGAUCCUCAGUGACCAGGACACCAGGAGACAGUAUGACCUGCAGCGCAGAGCUCAGGAACUCAAACAGGAUUGGCCGGUGGAUUGUACGGUCUGUCUUGAUGACAUGACCUGGGACCAAGAUGAGUGUGUGUAUACAUACAGCUGCCGCUGUGGAGGAGGCUUUAUCGUCUCAGAGGAGGAGACACAGAGAAGACAGCAGGAUGAUGAACAGGAGGGAACAGAGGAGGGAGAGCACAGAGGAGUGGUUGUUUGCUGUGAUACAUGUUCCCUGAGUGUGUACGUCACGUGGUCACUGCAUAGAAAGACAUGUUGAAUGCGAGAUGUUAAAAUGCCAACAGUAAUACUUCCUUUAAAACCUUUGACUGCUAAAGAAUUGGAAAAGGAGCAUCUUUCUGAAGUUGUCCACAGUGAUCUUAAGCCCAGUGGGAGUUCCAAAGCUAAAGAGCUAGAGCUGCCCAAAAGCUUGGAUGCUUGUAUUCCGCUGGCAGGGGAAAGGGGAAUAAUAUUCUCCACGUCAGCUGUGGACACACUGAACCUGAGUUUAGUGAUGUUCCUAAACUGGAAACGGAAACUUACAGUGUGGUCCGCAGAACAAGAGAACUCAGAGCAUCUCAGACUUUGUGUCCAACAUCUCCAUGACCUCUGUUCAUGGGCCCAUGAGGCAAAGCAUCACAACAUCAGUAAAAGGGCUGACUCACUGAAAGCAGACUGUACAUACAGUAUGAAGCAGUUUGAAGUGUGUGAAGGUGAUGUUGCGUAACUGUCCCUACUUUGUAAACAAUGUCAAUGUCUUCAGCCUGCUGACUAAUCCUGGCAAACAUGAUCCAUUUUAUUGUCAGUCAGCUACUUUGGUUCUUUAAACAAGGUUGGCUUGUUAAUAUUUGAUGAUGUGUGACGUUACAUAACUUCCACUCACUGCUUUUGAGUUCUCUUAGGGAAGGCCCACUAUCCCACACUUUGAAAACCCCUGUAUUACAUCAAAAUAAUAAUGAAUAGGUUUUAUGGAUACAUGGAUACAUGGUGAUUUUUUUUUUUCCUAAUGUGGUCAUUUUCUUCCUAAUGUGGUCAUUUUCUGCGGAUCUGUUGUCAGUCCUGUGGAGCAGAAGCAGCAUUAUGAAAUAAAAUAAACCAUUUUAUUUAUUGAA